AAGUAGGUUAUUCCACAUUUAAAAAAAAAUGUCUUCAGGAGAAAAUGCAUUCAAAACUUGGAGAAAUCGUUAUAAUGGUCUUUUGGCUUGGAAGUGAAAUCAUUUAUGGUCAACAAAACUUUCUACUUGUGGAUUCCUGUCCCCAUAACAAAACAGAAUGGGAAACAAGACGACAAAACAAGAGUUGUAAGGAUCCACUUGAUUAUCAUUGUGCAGCCAUAGAAUCAACACAGAAGUUUGGAGAAAUAUGUGCUCUUCCUGCUUUGACGUUUGCAGGAGACUGUCCUGUACUUAAUGCUAUAUCCCACAAUCUUAACUACAAGAAUUGUACUUCUGAUGAAGAAUGUCCAAAGGAAUCAUAUCGAUCGGACGAAAUUUACAGAUAUCCUUUAUGUUUUUCAAUAUUUAAGCCUCGUAAUUGGCCAAAUGCUCCAGAUAACAAAGGUGGUUUGGGGAGUAGUGCUAUUAUAAUUGUUGUUACUGUAGUUCUUUUAACUUUUACAGCUGUAUGCGCAGUGGUUAUAUAUUCUAAAAGGAAAAGAAACUUUACCAGAAAAGAGAGGUCUAAAGAGAGUGAGGAAAUAAGUAUGACAGAACAGAUAAAGAAUAAAGAAAUAGAACAAUUUAUCAAUCAACAAGCCACAUUACAAUGACCCUCUGCAGUGGUUCCCAGAACUUAAUCCCACCUUUAUUAUUUCAUGGUUAUCUCGAAUCCUCGGAUCACUAGGAUU